CGUGAAUUCAAAAACUUUGGAAUCUUUUAAUACUGUUCACACCUGACAUGGCUGAAAUGGAAUCUACAGUUCAGGUAGGUGAACAGGAGGACUCCCACAAUAAUGUCCCAGAGACUCAGUCCUGUGACGGAGCUCAAGCCGAGGACUCCCCUAGAGAAAUGGAAUCUACAGUUCAGGUAGGUGAACAGGAGGACUCCCACAAUAAUGUCCCAGAGACUCAGUCCUUUGACGGAGCCCAAGCCGAGGACUCCCCUAGAGAAAAGGAAUCUACAGUUCAGGUAGGUGAACAGGAGGACUCCCACAAUGAUGUCCCAGAGACUCAGUCAUGUGACGGAGCCCAAGCCGAGGACUCCCCUAGAGAAAUGGAAUCUACAGUUCAGGUAGGUGAACAGGAGGACUCCCACAAUAAUGUCCCAGAGACUCAGUCCUGUGACGGAGCUCAAGCCGAGGACUCCCCUAGAGAAAAGGAAUCUACAGUUCAGGUAGGUGAACAGGAGGACUCCCACAAUAAUGUCCCAGAGACUCAGUCCUGUGACGGAGCUCAAGCCGAGGACUCCCCUAGAGAAAUGGAAUCUACAGUUCAGGUAGGUGAACAGGAGGACUCCCACAAUAAUGUCCCAGAGACUCAGUCCUGUGACGGAGCUCAAGCCAAGGACUCCCCUAGAGAAAUGGAAUCUACAGUUCAGGUAGGUGAACAGGAGGACUCCCACAAUAAUGUCCCAGAGACUCAGUCCUUUGACGGAGCUCAAGCCAAGGACUCCCCUAGAGAAAUGGAAUCUACAGUUCAGGUAGGUGAACAGGAGGACUCCCACAAUAAUGUCCCAGAGACUCAGUCCUUUGACGGAGCUCAAGCCGAGGACUCCCCUAGAGAAAUGGAAUCUACAGUUCAGGUAGGUGAACAGGAGGACUCCCACAAUAAUGUCCCAGAGACUCAGUCCUUUGACGGAGCUCAAGCCGAGGACUCCCCUAGAGAAAAGGAAUCUACAGUUCAGGUAGGUGAACAGGAGGACUCCCACAAUAAUGUCCCAGAGACUCAGUCCUGUGACGGAGCUCAAGCCGAGGACUCCCCUAGAGAAAAGGAAUCUACAGUUCAGGUAGGUGAACAGGAGGACUCCCACAAUAAUGUCCCAGAGACUCAGUCCUUUGACGGAGCUCAAGCCGAGGACUCCCCUAGAGAAAAGGAAUCUACAGUUCAGGUAGGUGAACAGGAGGACUCCCACAAUAAUGUCCCAGAGACUCAGUCCUGUGACGGAGCUCAAGCCGAGGACUCCCCUAGAGAAAAGGAAUCUACAGUUCAGGUAGGUGAACAGGAGGACUCCCACAAUAAUGUCCCAGAGACUCAGCCCUGUGACGGAGCCCAAGCCGAGGACUCCCCUAGAGAAAAGGAAUCUACAGUUCAGGUAGGUGAACAGGAGGACUCCCACAAUAAUGUCCCAGAGACUCAGUCCUGUGACGGAGCCCAAGUCGAGGACUCCCCUAGAGAAAAGGAAUCUACAGUUCAGGUAGGUGAACAGGAGGACUCCCACAAUAAUGUCCCAGAGACUCAGUCCUGUGACGGAGCUCAAGCCGAGGACUCCCCUAGAGAAAAGGAAUCUACAGUUCAGGUAGGUGAAACCCUACACAGCAGCUCGUCUGCCUACACCGUCCUGGAGUUUAUUGGUGAAGGCUCCUUUGGAAAAGUGGCCAAGUCCCUGAAUGUCAACACUCAAGAAACAGUGGCUAUCAAAAUACUCAAGAAGGGCUCUGCUGCAGUCAGGGACGCAGAGAGAGAGAUCGCCAUAUUAGAUCUAAUCUCUGUACGAGAUCCAGACCAAAUUAACGUGGUGAAGUUCUUGGAGAAGUUUGAACAUGGGGGACAGACCUGUCUGGUGUUUGAGAAGCUUUACAAAGAUCUGCAUGAAGUGGUCUGCGAAUUUGGGCCUAUGCCUCUGGACUUGAUCCGGCCAGUUGCCCAGCAGCUGUUGGUCGCCCUGGAUGCCCUGAAGGGUCUAGGUAUUCUGCACACCGACAUUAAACUAGACAACGUCAUGCUGGUCAGCCAAGACCAGAUCCGAGUGAAGCUGAUUGAUUUUGGUGAAGCCAGACCCGUCUCCAGCGUAGAGCUUGGUGAAUUAUGUCAGCCAAUUGGAUGCACAGCUCCGGAAGUUUCCCUCGGCCUGCCCUACAAUGAGGCUAUCGAUAUGUGGAGUCUGGGCUGUCUUCUGGGCUCAAUCUACCUGGCUGCCAACCUUUUCCCCCACACUGACUAUCAGAUGAUGAAGGUUUUGGUUGAGGUUUUGGGCCAGCCGGAGGACUCCCUGCUCAACGCUGGAGUAUACACUCACAACUUUUUCAUAAAGAAGGAUGAAGAAACUGACGGUCCAACAUGGAGGCUCCUGACGCCUGAGGAGUAUGAAACGCUGACUGGUGAACAACUUCAGGAGGAGGAGAACCAACUGAAGCUGCCCAGCACUCUGAACGGUCUGGCUCAUAUCUACCCAGUGGACGAACCUGCAGAGUUUGAGGACAGGUUGGCGUUUGUAGACCUUUUGAAAGGUCUGAUUAAUCUUGACGGAGCUUUGAGGAUCUCUCCCAGUAAAGCUCUGCAGCACCCCUUCAUCACCAUGUCCCACCUGUCCGAGCACCCUUACAGCUCACACUAUUUAAAAACUGCCAGAGAGAAAAUGGGAACACCCCAAAAUCCUGACCAGGAGUCAGCUGCUGGAGCUGAACAAACAGAAUCCGCCCCUCCUCCCUCGACCUCCUCCAGCGGCUUCAACAGAGCGAUGAAGAGGAUCCGCAGGUUCUUCAAGAGAGUCAAGACAACCUUCUGUUGUUGCUGUCCAGUGGAGGAUGACUAAAUGUGUGCCAUUUCCCCAACAUUUCCCCAACAUUUCCCCAACAUUAUUCUGCAGUGUAUAAACUAACAAAAAAAUAAAGCAAAUAAAUAAUAAA